GAGAAUUACUGAACUGGAGGGAGAAUUGAUUGAGGCUAAGGCUAAUGUGUCUCAACUGGAGAACAAUAUGGCUUUAGAGAGAGAUAUAGCAAAACAGAAGGAGAAGCAAUUGGAUGAUCACCUCGUGAACGCCAAAAAACAACUCGAGGAGAGUAUUGAAGAUUCCAAAAUUAAACAACAAGUUGCGAAUGAUAUAGAAAAUAAACUAAACAUUCAAUUAAAUCGAGAAAAAGAAAUCAUAAAAGAAAAGGAGGAAUUGGAUCAGGCGUUCUGCCUUGAGAAAGAAGUUCUUCAGAGCGAAAUAAACUCUCUCACAUUAACGAUCUUCGAGAAAAACAAAAUAUCUUAGCUGAAAAUCAUUGAAUAGAAAUUUCAUCGCAGAUCAGUAAAGCUGCAUCGAAAGAGAAAGAGCUUCAAGUAUUGAUCAAAGAAUGCGAACGUUUGAAAGAUGAAACGGUUUCAGCAAAGGAAAACUUACAGUUGCAAUACAAAAAUUUGGAUACAAAAUGUCGCGAAUUGUCUCAAAAAAAUGUAGAAUUGGUCGCUGAAAGAAAUGAUGUUAUCAAGUUGUGUGAUGAACAGGAUAAACAGCUUGAUGCUUUGAAAACUGAGGAAGGUAAACUGACUUUAGAACGAGAUUCGUUGCUUUAAGAAAAAGACGAACUAUCAAUUGAAGUUGCUUCCUUAGAAUCCCAGAUAAAAACAAUAAAUUCUGAAUCCGGUCGACAAAAAAAUGAACAGCAAGAAGCUAUGGAAUCGCGAUUAUCUUCGUUGAAAUCACAGUUGGAGAUUGCGAAGAAAGAAAAUGUCGGGAAUACUGAUUUGAUUAAUAAUUUGCAAAAAGAAAAAAAGACUUUAGAACAUGUCAUUGCUACCAAGACUAAUGAAAUUAAUAAAUUAAAAAACGAACAAAUUCAGCUUCAAGAAAAAUCUGAAGAGCUAGAGAGUCAAGUCAGCAAUCUUUCAAAAAAAAUGAGCGACGCUGCUGUGAAUGCAUCCCUAAAGACAAAAGACUUGAACAGUGAAGUUUUGAUACUUAAAGAGGAUUUUGAAGAAGCGAAAAAUGCAUUGAAAGAGAAGGAAUAUGAGAUAAGAAUUUAUCAAGAACAAAUCGAGAAGAUGGGAAACGAUGAUUUUCCUAAAUCACCCAUGGAUGGCGAUAUUCUUGAGAAUGCAUCCGCUUUGAUGUUGCGUUUACACGAAGCUGAAUCUAAACUUGCUGUUGUUCAAUCUGAGAAAGAGUCUGCAGAGGAACAGGUUGAAUUUUUAAAUUCCAUCAUUGUGGAUCUUAAGAAUAAAAACCAGAAAGCCGAACAAACUAUUGCAUUAUUGGAGGCUAGUGACGAACCAAUUUUACUGCAAGGUCUGGAGUCUGAUAGCGACGACGACGAUGACCACAUUGGAAAACCCAAAUACAGUUUGCGAAAGUUUUGCGAUAUUUGUGAUGUGUUUGAUCAACACGAAACAGAUGAAUGUCCUCUACAGGAGAGCGGUGAAGGUAACGAAGGAUCAAAACAUCAUGGAGAUAGGAAUACAGAGAGACCUUAUUGUGGGAUAUGUGAGGUUUUUGAUCAUUGGACCGAGGACUGUAAUGAUGAACAGACAUUUUAAAUCAAUGACUAAUUGAAGAACGCAUAAGAAUUGUGGGCGAAAUUUUUUGUUGAAAUUUUAUUUUUAUAAACAGUGCACAAUGAUAGGAUGUACAUAAUUUACGAGAAACUUUGUUAUGUUUAGUAAAUGUAGCAUAUGAACCAAGCGUUACUAUCGCGCAUAUAAUUAUAAUGAAAAUUUGCUACCUUACUAUAUAUGAUCACGCUCAAGGCUGUAAACUUACGAUCUAUUAUACUAGAGGAAGCUAGUCUUGUACUUUAUUCGUAUUUAUAGAGCAAGUCAUUGAUAUUUUCUCUUGAUUACAUUCACAUAAAUAACAAAAGUAAGCAGAUUUAAUACAAAAUGUGUUUGGUCUAAUCUGUGCAUUGUGCAAGAAACGUUGUAUUCUAAUUAAUUUUUACUUUGCGUUAAUGGACGUAAAAGCAGUAAAUGUGAUAGUUGAAAUAAAA